AUGGAUAAGGAAGAUGAUAGAGAUACUUUGGUUUUGAAUGGACGUGAGAAACCGAUUGUUGUUCCGCUUCAGCGGUUUGUGGAGAGGAUACCGAGUGGUAAACUGAGGAGCUUUGAGUUAAAAGUAGAUUUUCCGAUUAUUGGAGAGUUUUUCAUAGGGCUUAUAACCAUGCAGCCGAACCUGGUGAAGCUCUAUCUGUCGUUCAAAAAUACUACUCAAGAAGUUACAGCAGGAAGCAUCUUCAAAGUCAAUCUUCCAAACCUCAAAAGUUUAACGCUCGCAGAGAUCUACAAACAAAGCGAUGUGUUGCUUUUAAACCGAAUCCUAAGUUCGGCCUCCAAAUUGGAUUUGAUCGAUCUUUCCUGGCAUCUUCAUUAUCCAGACGUGAAUCGUUCUAGUCACCAAGGCGCUUUUACACAAAUAUUACAGCACCGGCCCAAAACCCUCAAGAUAGCAAAUAUUGAUAUGACACCACAGCUUCUUGAGGCAACAGGCGUUGUAGAAGAAUUGCAUUUACGAGAGGUCAAUGUUCCUCGGGAUCAGGACCUUCAGUACAUAUACCAAAAUCCAUAUUCGUCGAUUUCGUUGAAGAAAUUACUCAUUACGACGAUUCCAGAUUUAAGAGUAUUCUACGAGCAGCAAAUAUUAGAUAAAUUAGCACCGGGAUUGGAGGAGCUUCACGUUACCGUCAACCAUAUGGACCGGGAUGGAGAAGCUGAAGUUCGGGAUAACAUUCCUAUUCCUCUUGAAUAUGUUAACCGGCAUUCUGGGACUUUGAAAUACCUCUCUUUAUUCGAGAAAACCUCGGAAGGAAAUUUGUUUAUCGAUGGUGGAGCCAUUUGUCAGGAUGAGAUUGAAGUUUUCAAGCACUGCAAACUCGACGAGUUCGCAACGGCUAUUAACUUCUAUUGUCAGAUUAGAACUCCGGCAUACUGGAAGACUUUUGAAAUGAGCCCUGCAGAUGUCAAUUAUGCCCAUUUCGCUUGCUUAACAAAGCUUUACAUCAUCCCGGACAUGAUAUCGCUUAAUACACAAAUCGAAAACGACCAAGAUGAAUUUUGGGACCUCAACCCUAGAAAUAUUUUCAGCUACCAAAUGGCAUCGAUGAUUUUAACAAAUAUUGGGCUUUACGCCGAAUCGAUUCCGAAAUUGGAGUUUUUGAUUGUGGGUAUGGGAAACGCUUACUGUGGACAAAAGGUGUUUGUGGUUACUUGGGAAAAGCACGUACCGCCUUAUAGGAAAGGUGCGAAGCAGAGGAAAGUGAAGUAUCUGUAUACACUGAGCCCACCGUAUGAGAUGGAAGACUUUAGGGAUCAAGGGGUAGUGUUUAAAUGCUUUGAGGGGACAAAGUUUACAAGCGAGGAGGACAGGAAAUGGAUCUCACUCUAA